GUCCUCACAGCCCUUUCCGUUGCAAUUCUUGUAUCACUCCGGCUGCGUUCUUUUCUACUUGUCGGUCCACGUGUGGAUUUCUUAUAUUUUAGCACGAAAAUCUAAAUAAGAGUUUGGGUCAAAUGUCGUCGUCAUUCGAGCAAAUGAGAGCCAACGUGGGAAAGCUCCUACGGGGAAUUGAUAGAUACAACCCAGAGAACCUUGCUACAUUGGAGCGCUAUGUAGAAACGCAAGCCAAAGAGAAUGCAUACGACCUAGAAGCCAAUUUGGCCAUCCUCAAAUUGUACCAGUUCAACCCUGCCUAUUUCCAGGUGACAGUGACAUCUCAGAUUCUGCUCAAGGCCCUGACCAACCUACCGCACACAGACUUCACCCUGUGCAAGUGCAUGAUUGACCAGACACACCAGCAGGAGGAGCGUCCAAUAAGGCAGAUCCUGUACCUGGGAAACCUCCUAGAGACCUGCCAUUUCCAGUCCUUCUGGUCCAGCCUGGAAGAGAACAGGGAGUUCAUUGACGGCAUCACAGGGUUCGAAGACUCCGUGCGCAAGUUCAUCUGCCAUGUGGUUGGAAUCACAUACCAGAACAUUGAGCAUAGACUUCUGGCUGAGAUGCUCGGUGACCCCCUUGACACACAGGUGAAGGUGUGGAUGAGCAAGUACGGGUGGACGGAGAACGAGGAAGGACAGAUCUUCAUCUUCAACCAGGAGGAGAGCGUCAAACCCAAGAACAUUGUGGAGAAAAUUGACUUUGAGAGUGUAUCCAGCAUCAUGGCCACAUCUCAGUGAAGGACAAACACGACACACAGUACAACCAGAUAGCAGUUCAUAUGACAAACCAACUGUUUCAAAUAAAUGUAAAUUAUCCAUUCCCA